AUGGUCAAAAAGCAUAAACGUAUCAAAGCUCGCAAUUUAACUAUGAAGAACAUCUCUAUUUUUGUUGCCAUUGUGCUUAUUAGCAUCCUUACUACAGGAUGCAAAGUAUUGAUGGCAUGCAAUGAAAGAGACUUGACACUAAUAACUGGGUUUUGCAAAGAUAGUACAUGCGAGAACACAUGUGUGUCUAAUUUUGGGUUAGGAGCUUCGGGUAAUUGCAAGAGUUUUUGGAAAUGUCAUUGCAAAUGGAACUGUGUUAUUUAA